CCUGGUGGUGCCAUGGAAUAGGAGACAUCAUGGGAGAAGAUACAAGAUACUGCGGAAACUGCAAACGGGAAGUCUCUGCUAAAAACUUCACCGUCCACAGCGUCCACUGCCAGAGGAACAUCGCUGUGUGUACUUUGUGCAGUGAGCCGGUCCCUCGCUCGAACUACCAGCAGCAUGUGGAAACCAGCCACAAGAGUAUUCAGUGCCCCAAGUGCGAGGCUCAGCUGGAACCUCUUCAGCUCUUCGCGCACGAGAAGGAGGAGUGCCCGCGACGCCUCAUGAAGUGCCAACACUGCGAGCUGGAGGUGAUCGCCCAGGAGUUCCAGCGCCACAUCGACUACUGUGAGUCUCGGACGGAACUCUGCAAGGGCUGCACGAAGUAUGUUCAGUUCAAACACCUCCAGUUCCACUAUGAGUAUGAUCACAAGUACCUCACGCCCGAUGAGAAGGACCAGGAAAACAGCUCUGACGAAGAGGGGUCGGAGUGCCCCAUCUGCCUGGGCCCCGUGACCCUGCCCCUCGUGCUAGAGUGCGGCCACACCUUCUGCAUGGUGUGCGUCAAGGGCAUCGCCAACACCACCAAGAACUGCGCCAUCUGUAGGAGAGACAUUCCUCGGGAUAUGCUCAUGGACAUUAGAUUCUGUCGCGAGGAAGACAUUAUUAAGAACUACGUCAAUAAACCUCGAGAGAAGAAAACCCAGCGAAGUCACAGCGUCCCGAGCAGGACCUCAUCCUCAUUCAGCAGUUCCUCGCGACGCGUUGCUCGAACCACACAGGACUAUGAUGACAUGGUGUCCGCCCUCCUGUCGAGUCGCACGUCCUCCACGUCCUACAGGUACCAGCGCCCCGCCAACACGCACACGCCUCCGUCCUACACUCCCUACUCCGGCUCCGAGUCCUGCAAGGAUUCCUGCAAGGAUACAGACUCCAAGGACGACGACUGCUGCUGCUCCUCGUCCAAGUCCACCUCGUCGUCUUCCUCCACCUCCGCCACCGCCACGACCACCUCCACCACGGCGUCCACAGCGCGCACCACCUCCACCUCCACCACCAGCUCUGUGUCUAAGCCUCCGCCAGCCUCCUCCGUGUCGACCUCCAGCUCCAUCUCCUCCGAAACCUCGAGGUCCACCUCGGUUUCGUCGUCGACCUCCAGCAAAACGUCCUCCUCCGUGAGUAGCCGGUCCGUGGCCAACUCCUCAUCUACCUCCGCGACAACUACCUCCUCCUCCGAAUCCUCGUCCUCAACCACGGCCUCGAGCUCUUCUUACUCGUCGUACUCCAACGGUGCUCGUCCUCGGAGGCCGACCUCUCUCGCCCUUGAGACGACAGCGGUCAUGUCAUCCGUCUCGGCCUCCGUCUCGUCCUCGUCAAGUUCCUCUCGUUCAAGCGGCUCUCGUGACGUCCAGCCGCCAGCGAACGCAACUCAAGAACAGUACGACAGGUGGCUUGCCUUCCAGCUUGCCAAGGCCGAGGACGAUCUGCCUCCUUCAGAGUUCAACAAGAAGCACCGACCGACCUUCAGGAGGUCCCUCUCCAUGCCAGAGCGUGCGCAGGACAGCUCUUCCGACAGCAGUGAUUCGGAGGAUUCUGAUUCGCCAAGGUCUCGCAGGAGCUCCCGGCGUCCCCCGGCGUCUCCUCGCACUGUCACAAACUCGUCGUCGUCGUCGUCGUCCUCUUCUUCCAGCAGGAGUACACCCAUCAGUAAAUCCUCGAGCGAUUCUAACGCCUCCUCCAGCAGCACCAGCAACAGUGGCAGCGCCCUCAGCACAGGCGCUCGGCCCAAGAAUGCCGGCCUCAAGAAGAGAGUGUCCUUCAAGGAAGACGGACCCGCCAUUCGUCGCGAGGCGCCCGUGAUGCUUCCGUGCGAGUUCUGCGACGAGAUGUUCGCCGAGCGCGACCUCAUGCGGCACCAGACCAGCUGCGAACAGAACGAGACGCAGCUUCCUCGUGCCUCGCGCAUCGCCCAGCGCGCGGCGGCAGCGGCAGCCGCAGCCGCCAUGAGCUCUAGCACGUCCACGACCUCCUCCUCCGGAAUCACGACCACCACCUCCUCGAGCACUACCGUUGAGACGUCCUCUGUCCAGUCCUCCUCGAUCCAGUCCAGGAUCCAGGGCACAGCCUCGUCCUCGCCGAGAAGGAGUCCCGCCCCCACGCCCCCCACCCCCGGCAGGACCCCGACGCCGGUGUGCGCGCCGCCCAGGAAAGCCACGGCGCCCUCCAAGAGCCCCGCGCCCGUCCCGCCCCGGAGCCAGUCGUCCAGCUCUUCGAGGAGAAGUCCCACUCCUGCCUCCCCGGGCCCCUCAAGGAGCUACUCCUCAGGAUGGAGGAGUUCGAGGGACACAUCUCGCGUCAGCCCGGUGAGCACGCCCACCAGUCCUCCGCCCAGCUGUCCGCCCUCGAUCAGCCCGCCGCCCGUCAGCCCGCCGCCCACCACCACCAUCACCAUCGUCGACCAGAAGCCGUCGGUCGUCGUGUCGUGCCAGAGCGCGGGCAGCAACCGGCCCUUCAGCGUCAGCCCGGCGCCCUCGAGUUCGACGAGCAACAGCUCCGUCAGCAGCGGAUCCAUGAGCAGUAGUUCCGUCUCAACCACGCCCUCCACCAGCAGUUCGGCCUCGCCCGUGCCGGCCAUCAGUGCCACGCCCGAGCUGGCACCCCCGGACACCCCGACGACCGACCUCGAGUACGACUACGAGGACGAGGACGGCCCCUUCAUGCGGCCAAGACGUGGCCGCCUCCUGUCCUCAGCCAUCUUCUCGUGGCGCAGCAUCUCGGGCAGCAGAAGGGGGUACACGCGCUCCAACACAGCUCCUCUGGAAGACACUGGCGCUGACGAAGACGCGACGCAGGUGCAGCCAGUCAUCACCAGCCGCUCGGCGACACAGCUGCCCGCACACCGCCCGAGUCCAGACAUCGAGACCCCAGUCUCGACGCAGCCUUCCUCUUCCUCCCCGCAGCCAACCACAGCAUCACAGAAAACCGCGUCGCCACAGUCCUCCGUCCCCGACACACAGACGAAGCAGCCGUCCACGUCCCCUCAGCCGGCGCAGGAGCACGCGGAGACAGUCUUCAUCAAGAACCCGCACAAGUACCGGGCUCCUCCUCCCCCGCAGACGCCGCCCAACCUGCCCAACGUGCCCAACCUGCAGCAGAAGGCGUCCCCCUCGCCCACGGCCAACAUCAACGGCUACAUCAAGAGUCCGACGCCGUGGGAGAAGGCCUUCAUGAACAACAAGGCCACCAGCCCGCCGCCCACGACCUCGCCCACGCCCGCGCAGGAGAAGACGCUGGCAAACGGAUACGUGAACGGCGUCAUCAAGUUCGACAGCAAAACCAUGAUGAACGGCCACAUGUCCAAGGAGAUCGAGGAGUUGAUACCCUGUGAAUUCUGCAAACAGGUGUUCUCUCCUGAUAAGUUUCGAAGCCAUCAGACCAUGUGUGAGGCCGCGCUCCAGCCGCCCCCCCUUCGGAGCACCGCGCCCCUGGAGCAGCCCGCCACGUCGAAGGGCAGGACCUCAGCCCCAGCGCGCCACAACAAGGGACCUGCGCCGUCUCCGCCGGAGUCCUUCAGCAAGGACGACGACGCCGCCGGGGACAUCUAUGAGGCGCAGCGCAUCAGGCGAAUGGAGAGGUCGCAGUCCGUCAAGGACGACCGCUCGUCCUUCAGCGACAGCAUCCGCGUGUCCCGUCGUCUCGAGCGUGCCUCUAGCAUCAAGGAGUCGAGGACCUUCUACGGUGACAACGCCAGCGUCUCCCGCCGCUGGGGAUCUCGAGAGGUCCUGCACGGCAACAGUAAGGAGUCCUCGGCGUCUCUCGCGUCCGGCGGCUGGAGCGGCAGCACCAGUAACCUCUUCAGCUCCUACGCAGGAGGACACAGCUGGACACAACACAUCAACAGCGUGCGCAGUGAUGUGAGGUCGCUGAACGCCGCUGCGAACUGCGCAUCUUCCUCCGGACCAUAUUACGAUAACGGAGGUGACUCAGAUAACGGAGGUGAACUAGAUUCAGAGAUGUGUGGUGUAGAUAGAGGUAGAACGCGAUACAACAAUACUCUACUGAUGGAGGUUCGGGCGGCGCUAAACAAGAAUACUUUCUCCCACGUCGCUAAUGAGUCUGGAACAAGAUACAGAGAACGAAGCUCGAGUAGACCACGGCCAGCAUCCAUGUACACAAGCAGUGGUACCUGGGGGUCCAUGUUCGACCUCUCCUCCCCUACCAGGUCCUUCAACAUUUCCGACGCCUUUUCCAGCGCUUCCUUGGCAUCGAAGCUCCCGAAGAAGUCGUCGAAGAAGUACCCGGCGCCCCAGCCCCCCUCGCGCCCUUCGUGACACAAAGGAGGGCGAGUGGAUACGGGAAGCGGGCGCCGUGCGGAUCAGCGGAGGGAGAGCAAGCGCGGAUGAGAAGAGGAAGAAGAAGAAGGAGAAAGGAGGAGAAAAGAGAUAGGAGGAGAAGGAGGAAGAGGAAGAAGACCCGUCGGCGGGGAAUUGGAUCUGGCGGAGGCGCUGACGGAGGCUCGGGAGGGCGAGACGUCUCUCUGGUCUCCGAGGAUUUGAAGUUCGAGGCCCAGUCGCUCUCGGCUCGCAUUCGUGACGCAGGGCAGGGCAGGACUGAUUUAUUUGCAUAACUAUUUAUUUAAUUUUAUUGGUCAUUUAUUUAUUUAUCUAUCUAUUUAUUUAUUUAUUUAUCAUUAUUAUUAUCUUACUUUGAAGGAGACAAGACGAUCUACCCUGUCGACUUUUUUUUGUCUCGGAUUCCCCUCUCCUCUCUUUGCUUCAUACGACCACCUUGAAGCAUCACUAUGGACAUCCCGCUGCGGUCGACUCUAUAAAUGGACAGGGACUCUGUAUCUCCACGAAGACUCUGUAGAAGGGCAGAGUCGUCGGUCACCGCCUCUCUCCGUCCUUUGAUCUCGGACACGUUCGCAAAUCACGAUCAACUCAGGCGCGUGGCUUCCUCCCUUCCAUCCUCCUCCUUUCCUUGGUCGAGUCAGAGCUGCUCUUAUCUCUCUAUCUGUUCACUUGUAUCUCAUGUUUUAUAUCCUGCGUGGAGAAACAAAAUCUUGGGUGAUAUCAAGUGAUGUGUGUGUGUGGUCGCGCCAACACUGCCAAUAUCUUGUAUGCUUAUUCUACGUAACAUACAACCCUUCCUGUGGACUGCCGUGGCAUUAGGGUGCUGUGGCCUGAUGAUAACUGCCAUACUAUUUUGAAGUUGUGCGGGUGUUCCUCUCCUUAUAGUCGCGACACACCCUGAGGGCAAUAGCCAAAUCGUGGUGCUGAUUCUUAUUGUAUUAAGUGACGAAUCUUUGAUACAUUUUCCAUUUUUUUACACCCAUUACCGAGCUUUAAAAAUGAGAAAAAAAAAUGAAAAAAAAGUCUUGAUGAUAUCUGUAAUGGUAAUCCGCACGAAGUACAGGUAGGAUUUCUUUCGACGUGAAGAAGUCGCUAUUUUGGUGAGCACUUAUCAUCCUCGUUAUCUGAUCCCAAGAAAACACACUUUUCCUGAAUGCUAAUGGCUUUUUUUUUUUUUUUUUUUUUUUUGAGAAAGAGGAGACGCGAGACGAUAACUAGACACCAGGUCCCUGCCUGGUGUUUCUUCCAAGCUCUCCCGAUACUUUGCUCUUGGAGAAGAUCUGUGAGGCUGGCGACUCCUCCUUACUCUCUGCGUAUCCGGAGUUUCAUCAGCCAAGACCAGAUCGUCUCUUGUGCAAGGAAUUUAUACCAUAUGUGUGUCUCUGGAUUCCCUCUCGUCUUCUUUGGGGAAAUUUCUGAUUAUUGUGCAGAAUCAUCAAGCAUUCCCCCUCCUCCUUGUUCUUUUCCUCCCCCCCUCCCCUCCCCUCCCUUUACCACCAUCCUUGUCCUGACCCCUCUCUCCCCUCCCUUUCACCCCCCCCCCCUCCCCUCUUAGUCACUGGUAUCAAAUACCUAAGACAAAAUCGAUACCCCCCCCCCCCCAACACACAGCCUUUUUCCGCAAUACCAGCGUUUUACGAGGUCAUUGCGAAAUAUUUCGAGACUCGGGACUGUAUAUAGUUAGUGUACAUAUCUCGUUGAUAGACGGUGUGCCUGCGUUUGCAAUAUAUAUAUAUUUAUAAUUAAAUAAACUUGUGUAAUAUUAAGCGUAUGAGGAAACCCCCUCCCCCCACUACAGAGUUACCCCCCCACCCCCAGAAAAUAAAACUAAUAGGGCGUCCAUCCGAGUGCGUGUGUAAAAAUGUUAUUCUUGAAGACUUCCUUCUUUUAAAUCUCUCUCUUCUAUCUCUCUAUUAAAUCCUUUUCAUUAGAUUGUUAUCCCUCAUCCUUCUCCCCGAAAAGAAGAAGAUUUUACUGCAUUUGGAAGCGAAGAUUUUUUUUUUUAACUUUAACUUUUACUUCUUGGAUUUGUAAUGUAUUCUAGACUAAGAUGAAGGUCCUGAUGCGUCCUUCGUAAUCUCCUUUCUUCAGAUGUCUCAAAUGUCUGAUUAUCUCAUGAUUAUUCACUGUGUGUGAGGAUGAAAAGGAUCGAUUGUGGUGGUUUUUUUUUUCCAUAAUGACAGAAAUAUAGCUUCUUUUUCUCUUUCUCUUUUGAAAUAAAUUACAUGUUUCUUAUGGUUUCGUAAAUGGUUGUUAGAUCCUGUUUUGUCUACCAGUUGACUGCCUAACAAAGUCACGAGCCAUAAAUGUUUUUUUUUAAUAAGAAAAGAAUUGAGAAAUGCGAUAAAAAAAAUAAAUAAUAGACAACAAUCACACAUGAACGAA